UGCGAAACAAAUACUCGAGAAGUGAGACAAUCAACACAUCCAGAGCUGAUCCAUGGGAGUGACCGGACUGUGGGGUAUUGUGGACAGUGUCGGACAUCCCGUCAACUUAGAGACACUUCACAAUAAAGUGAUUGCAAUCGAUUUGUCUCUUUGGGUGAACCAAUCGAUUAAAGGCUUUCGCGGCAGAAAUGGUCAGACCGUAGACAACGCCCACGUGUUGGGACUCUUUCACAGAGUCUGCAAACUAUUGUUUUACAAAAUAAAACCGGUCUUUGUCUUCGACGGUACCACUCCUCAGCUCAAGAGGAAUACAAUCGCAAAGAGAGCUGAGAGGAGACUCAAAGCCGUGGACAAGUCGCGAGAGUCUGCGCUCAAAGUCUUAACCAAAUACCUGUCUUCACAACUGCCCCCGAGUUCUGCUAAACAGAUCCCAAGAAGUGAUAGCUUGCCAUCACUUGAGUCUUCGUUGCAUCCAAUACCAGAUAAUCACGACUUCAAGGUAUACGAAGAGUUGAAUGAAUUGGAAAGAGAUAAAGAGUUGAGUGACAGCGACCACGAAGACAGUGACUCGGAAUCGGAUCCAAUCAUAGCCCACACGUAUAGGAAUAUUCAGAAUUUGGAUUCAAUUGAUAUUAAUUCGGAUGACUUUAAGGCUUUGCCACUCGAUGUCAGGUAUGAGAUACUGACCGAAUUGAAGCAGAAAUACAAGGGAUACAGGAAUACAGAGCUUAUGCCUAAAGAAUCCAAUGAUUUCUCGAAGUAUCAAAUGCUGAGACUUCUCAAGAAACGAAGUCUUCAGUCGAAGAUUGAAGAAACCAUUAGUCAAUUGAAUGGUCAGAACUCAGAGGAUAUUAUCGCGAAUUUCGCUAAAAAUGAUUUCGUCUUUGAGAGCGAUUCCACUGCCGGACGACUCAUGUCGGACGAGACGACAAGAUUUAUAUUCCUUAAGAAGUCUCAGACGAGUUCAUCGAAAAUCACUGAUGAGGACAACCAUAUCAAUAGCAAUACCACUAAAACUCAUCUGAUUGUGAAGAACUUGCUAUAA